AUGAGCAAGCCCGACCCACUCGAUCAGUUUACCAUUCGCGAAGCCAACGACAGCGAUCUCCAAGUCAUUACCGAUCUCUACAAUGAGCGCAUUCUCAACUCCACCUCGCUCUUUGUCUUUGAAACUCUUACGCUCCAAAACAGAAAAGAGUGGCUCGACAACUGCCGACGUGAGGGUUAUGCUGUGAUCGUAGCAGAGGAUAAGGAAACCAAGGAGACAGCAGCAUUUGCCAACUUUAGCAGUUUUCGUGAUAAGCCUGCAUACAACUUGAGUGCUGAAAUCUCGGUAUAUAUCCAUCCUAAUUAUCAUCGCCGUGGUCUCGGACGUCUGCUUGUCAAAGAGAUGAAUCGGAUCGGCAAACAAAUGCAAUUCCGCGCUAUCUAUGCCGUCAUCACAUCUGAAAACACACCAUCCAUUCAACUAUUCAAGUCAUUGGAUUAUCGCCAUGUGGGUACAUUCAAGGAUGUCGGCUACAAGUUUGGCAAAUGGUUGGAUGUGGACUUUUGGGAAUUGAUCAUCGAGGAGACGCAGGGUCCUGGUGAAGGUGUUGUCCCACAUUUCAAGCCUUUCCCUUGGGGUGCAUAUACCUUUGGUCAAUAG